GUGCCGCAUACUCCUAAGCCUGGCUCCAUCAUGCUCGGUAUUGGUUUGAAGGCUGUGCAUGUCAUAUAUCAAGAUGAAUCAGAGUCACCAGGACUGUUGAAUUAUGGGCUGACAUGCGUGCUUAGGGCAAAGUCGCUGAAUUGCGGCAAGAGCUUACGAACCCGCCCAAGAAGGACAAAAAUAACGCCAGCAAGAAAAACGCCCUCAAGAAAAUCGUCGCCAACAUGACCAUGAGCAACAAUGAUAUGGUCGCUCUCUUUCCUGAUAUCGUGGCUUGUAUGCAGAUACCAGUCCUCGAAAUCAAGAAGAUGUGUUUCCUGUAUCUACAGCAUUAUGCACGUAUGAAACCAGACAUAGCCCUUCGAGCUCUGCCUGUUCUACAAGAUGACAUGCAAGACUCCAAUCCAUUAAUCCGAGCCCUCGCGCUGCGAACAAUAUCAUAUAUCCAUGUUCGGGAGUUUGUAGAGGGGACGAUGGUGCCAUUGAAACAGCUGAUGGCAGACCAAGACCCUUAUGUUCGCAAAACAGCAGCGAUCACGGUCGCGAAAAUCUAUGAUCAUGACAAACGACUCAUCGAGAGCUCAGACUUGAUUGACAGACUCAACAGAAUGCUCAAGGACGACAAUCCGACGGUCGUUGCGAGCGCACUUUCCUCACUUCAGGAUAUCUGGGAGAGAAGCGAGAACAUCAAGCUCACCAUUGAUUAUGCCAGCGCAUCGAAGAUCGUGUCUAUUCUCCCAGACUGCAAUGAGUGGUCACAGACAUAUGUUCUGGAGGCUCUCAUGUCGUAUGUACCACACGAAUCUGGGGAGGCUCUCCUUCUGGCAGAGCGAAUUGCCUCACGACUUUCGCACUCUAACUCAGCUGUUGUCCUCACCUGUAUCAGGGUUAUCAUGUACCUGAUGAACUACAUUCCCGACCAGAAAAAGGUCGAUGAACUCUCGCGGAAGCUAUCGCCCCCUCUUAUCACAUUACUCUCGAAGCCGCCCGAAAUUCAGUAUCUCGCCCUACGAAACGCCAUCCUCAUUCUCCAGCAACGACCCGAAGUCCUCCAGAACGAUAUCAGGGUCUUCUUCUGCAAAUACAACGACCCUAUUUAUGUCAAAGUAACGAAGCUUGAAUUGAUCUUCAUGCUCGCCAAUGAGAACAACAUCUCUGUCGUACUUAACGAGUUGAGAGAAUAUGCAACUGAGAUCGACGUCCAGUUCGUCCGAAAAGCCGUCCGAGCCAUCGGCAAGCUCGCAAUCAAGAUCGAAUCAUCAGCUCGCCAAUGUAUUGACACCUUGCUUGACCUAGUCAACGCCAAAAUCCCUUACAUUGUGCAAGAAGCUACAGUUGUCAUCAAAAACAUAUUCCGCAAAUAUCCCAACCAGUAUGAGUCUGUCAUCUCCACCGUGAUCGGCCAGAUCGACGAACUGGACGAACCUGAAGCCAAAGCUGCUAUUAUCUGGAUCAUAGGAGAAUAUGCAGAUCGAAUUGAUAAUGCCGACUCUUUACUGCAGGACUAUCUUUCAACCUUCCAUGAAGAGUCAAUUGAGGUUCAACUAGCCUUGCUGACCGCCACUGUCAAGCUCUUUCUACAUCGCCCUACAAAAGGUUCCUCUAUCGUUCCCCAAGUGCUUAAAUGGUGCACAGAGGAGAGCGACGAUCCCGAUCUACGUGACCGAGGGUUCAUGUACUGGCGACUCCUUUCUACAGACCCAGCAGCCGCAAAGAAGGUUGUGAUGGGUUCGAAACCACCAAUAACUGCCGAGAGCGAGAAGCUUGAUCCGAAUACUCUUGAGGAGUUGUGUCUGGGCAUUGGCACACUGGCGACCAUAUAUCUGAAACCGGUACAACAAGUGUUUCGUGCUGCACGGCCUCGGCGAUUACCAGACUCGCCGGCCUUACAGCGGAGGAAGGAGGACUUAAGUCAUGCUCUUGGAUCGCCGGGCAUGAAUCUGGCAAACCCGCUGUCAUUAAACACCAUGGUGACCACACCCGGCGGGACGCCUUUGCCAGGCCACCAAGCUGCCAUCGACGCAGCAGAUCAGUAUUUCAAGAACCUCAGCUUGAGUGACAACAGUGGUGGAGAUAUCUUGACAAGUCCGACAGCGAAUGGCGUUGGCGGUAAUUCCUACGUUGUCAGUCAAAACGCACCGGAGCAAGUCUUUAAUCCACAGGCUGGUAUAGGACAGAAUGGAGAUCUCCUAUUGUAAAGGGGAAAAGUGUGCUGUAGUUGAAGCAUAGCCCAAGGCGUACUUCCCAUAUG